AUGGAAGCAGCUAUGAACAAAAAGCUGAUGAAAAUAUUUUGGCUCAGGCCUGCGAUCCAAAAACCUUCAUUGUUAACCAGAAGCUGCGCUUUCUUCAAGACAUAUACCUUGAGAUUAACUAGUAUAAUCCUUUCACUCUUCUUCUUCCUCCUGAUUUCUGCUGGUUGGACUAAUCUUGGAAGAGUUUCAUUUACUUCCUAUGAGAAUGCAAUGAAAUAUUUGAUGAUCAGCUCAUCCACGGAUCCAAUGAUUCAGUUUCCUCUAAACUGCGCUGCAUGGAGUGAGGCCAACAAAAAGUGUCCAAAAACUUAUCCAAUCAAACAUCAACCAAGUCUUAUAAACCAUCUUGAAUCUUCAUCGAAAAACGGAACCUGCCCGGAUUACUUCCGAUGGAUUCACGAAGAUUUGAGGCCCUGGAAAGAGACAGGGAUAACGAGGAAGAUGCUGGAAGGAGCAAGAAAGCAUGCACAUUUCAGACUGGUGAUCUUAGACGGGAAAGUGUAUGUUGAGAAAUUCAAGGAAUCAAUUCAAAGCAGGGCUUUGUUCACUAUGUGGGGAAUUGUACAACUUGCCAGGUGGUAUCCCGGAAGAUUGCCUGAUCUGGAAUUGAUGUUUGACUGCGACGAUCGGCCGGUGAUCGCUUCCACGGCUUACCGUGGACGCAAUUCCGGCCCACCGCCUCUCUUCCGGUACUGUUCCGAUUCGAAGCAUUUGGACAUCAUCUUCCCUGAUUGGUCCUUUUGGGGAUGGGCGGAGACCAACAUAAGGCCGUGGAGGAGUGUGUUGAAUGACAUUAAAGAAGGGAACAAUAAGAGCAAUUGGAGAGAUAGGAUACCCUAUGCCUAUUGGAAAGGGAAUCCUAAUGUAGCUCCAUGGAGAGCUGAUCUGUUGAAAUGUAACGUUACCAGCAAGGCUGAUUGGAAUACUCGUCUAUACAUUCAGGACUGGAACGAAGAAAUCAAGAAGGGAUACAACAAUUCAAAUCUUGGAGAUCAAUGCACUCAUAGAUACAAGAUAUAUAUAGAAGGAUGGGCAUGGUCAGUGAGUGAAAAGUACAUACUUGCAUGCAAUUCGCCAGUGUUGUAUAUGACACCUCGUUUCUAUGAUUUCUUCAUAAGAGGAAUGGUUCCCCAACGCCAUUAUUGGCCUGUGAGAGACAACAAUAAGUGCAAAUCUCUUAAAUUCGCUGUUGAAUAUGGCAACAAUCACAUGGAAAAGGCAGAAGCAAUUGGAACUGCCGGAAGCAGAUUCAUCCAUGAGGAUAUGAAGAUGGAAUAUGUUUUUGACUAUAUAUUCCAUUUAUUGAAUGAAUAUUCUAAGCUCUUGAAGUUCAAGCCUUCCAUUUCUCCAAAAGCAACAGAGAUUUGUGCUGAAUCCCUAGCUUGUCCUGCUGAUGGGAUCUGGAGAAAAUUCAUGGAAGAAUCCCUGGAAAUGUCGCCUAAAGAAAAAAAAGAGAAAAACGAAUUCCGAUCAAGCAUGAAUCCCCAAGAGGAGAAGUUGAUGAAUAUAUUCUGGCUUAGGCCUGCUUAUCAAAGAAAUUCCUGGGCUACAAGAAUGAAGGCUCUAAUCAAGAAUCCCCAUUUCAGAACCGCAGUUCUUCUCAUCAGCUUGUUCGUUUUGCUUGUUUCCGUCUUCGUUUACAUGGGUUGGAUUGAUCUGGUUCAAUAUUCGGGUGUAACGAAAGAAAAGGCAAUCAAAGCCCUAGUCAAAGUGUCAGAAUCGAAUUCUCACCUUCCUCAGAAUCAGUUCCCUCUGGAUUGCAAAGCUUGGAAUCGGAAAAAGACAUGCCCGAACAACUAUCCAACCUCGUACAAACCAAAAAUCAACCGGGACCCGUCAUCAAACCCGACUUGCCCUGAAUAUUUUCGAUGGAUUCACGAGGAUUUAAAGCCCUGGAAGGAGACAGGAAUCACCAGGGACAUGGUGGAAAGAUCAAAAGGCAAUGCACAUUUUAGACUGGUGAUCCUAAAAGGGAAAGUCUAUGUCGAGAACUUUAAGGAUCGCCAUCCUUAUAGGGUGUCGCUUACUAUAUGGGGUAUACUUCAGUUCCUGAGAUUUUACCCUGGAAAAUUGCCCGACCUGGAGCUCAUGUUUGAUGCCGAUGAUCUGCCGGUGAUUCCGACAAAGGAUUAUCGCGGACCCAAUUCCGGGCCACCGGCUUUGUUCCGUUACUGCUCUGAUUGGUGGAGUUAUGACAUUGUCUUCCCCGAUUGGACGUUUUGGGGCUGGCCUGAUUUGAACAUAAGGCCAUGGAGACAUAUAUUGAAAGAGAUCAAAGAAGGCAAUAAGAAAAUAAAAUGGAAGGAUAGGGAACCUUACGCAUAUUGGAAAGGGAAUCCACACGUUGCUGGUUGGAGGGGUGAGCUUAUGACAUGCAACCCGACCGAAACAGUUGACUGGAAUACUCGAUUAUUUGAUAUGAACUGGGAUGAGGAAAUAAAGGCCGGAUAUACCCAAUCUAAGCUUGCAGAUCAAUGCACCUACAGAUACAAAAUAUAUAUAGAAGGAACUGCGUGGUCAGUGAGUGAAAAAUACAUAUUUGCGUGUGACUCGCCAGUGUUGCUGAUCACUCUACAUUUUCAUGAUUUCUUCAACAGAGGCAUGUUGCCUCAACAACAUUAUUGGCCCAUUAAGGGCAGCGAUAAAUGCAAAUCCCUCAAAUUUGCGGUUGAAUAUGGUAACAACCACACCCAAAAGGCAGAGGCAAUUGGCAAGGCAGGGAGCAGAUUUAUCCACGAGGAUAUGAAAAUGGAAUAUAUUUACGACUAUAUUUUUCAUCUACUGAAUGAAUAUGCGAAGCUUUUGAGGUUUGAGCCAGUUGUUCCACCAAAUGCAGUGGAAACAUGUGUAGAAUCCAUGGCGUGUCACACGGAUGGGAAUUGGAGGAAAUUCAUGGAAGAAUCUAUGGAGUCUCCAAGUCACACAAUCCCAUGCUCAUUGCCUCCACCUUAUAAUGUUGAAGAACUUAAAGUUUUUAAUGACAAGAAAUUUGUGCUAAACAAAGAAGUGGAAAUGUGGGAAAAUGAGUAUUGGGAGAAACCAACCAAGAACGACGCAGCAAUCUAG